UUCGUCCCGGUCACACGCGUCGCGUACCGAUUGGAAAGGUCCAAGUACCCGAAUUAAACAACGAAAAUGCAGUACCGCUUUAUACACAUCUUUUCGUUUGUUCUAAUUUUAUCGACUGAUUGUGAUGGAAAGAAAAAGAAAGAGUUAGAGGUCCAUGUGCAGUUCAAGCCAGAAGAUUGCGGAACGAAGGCGUCAGCUGGAGACCAGGUGGCUCUCCACUACACCGGCACCUUGGAGUCGGGCGUGGUUUUUGACUCGUCCAUCCAGAAGAACCGAGACCCCAUAGCGUUCACACUGGGAGAACACACGGUCAUUAAAGGAUGGGAAGAAGGCAUUGAGGGCAUGUGUGUGGGAGAAAAGCGCAAGUUGACCAUUCCACCACACUUGGCAUACGGGUCUCAAGGUCGACCCCCGGUCAUACCAGCCGAUGCAACAUUAAUAUUUGAGCUGGAGUUGAUGUCCUUGAAGAAAAAGUCUUUUGAGCAGUCCAUACUGAAGACGGCUCAAUUCCUAGCUGUCCCUGCUCUAAUAGUUUAUGUUAUUUACUACCUGUACGACAAAUACAAGAAAGAGACACAAACACAGGGCAGAACCAAAGAAGACAAACGAGGGAAAAAAAGGAAAUAAAUGGUGUUUUUAUUUUU